UGGACGCAACUAAUUGCGCAUGCGUAAAUUUAUCAAAACAUCGAAUAAAGAGCAUAGACAGUAUGAUAAAGAGGGGUGACCGCAUGAGGAUAUUUAAAUAAAACAAUGCCUUAUCGAGUGUGCGCUGGCUUUUAAUCUCGGAUUGACAGCUCGGUGAGUAAAUCGGAGGAUGGACAACGUUACCGUGUCAGCCUCCGGGUCAGCAGAGGACAUGGAGGGGAUCUGUGUAAUGCCGGACUUGAGUGCCAUCAAGACUGAGCAGUCGGUAGGAGCGAGCCCAGAUGACACGGGCGCUCAAAAUGUGGCCAUGGGCAUCAAGUUCAUCCUGCCCAACCGCUUUGACAUGAACGUUUGCUCAAGAUUUGUCAAGUCGCUGAACGAGGAGGACAGCAAGAACAUCCAGGACCAGGUCAACUCUGAUCUGGAAGUGGCUUCUGUUUUAUUCAAAGCUGAGUGCAACAUCCAGACCUCACCUUCCCCGGGGAUACAAGUGCGCCAUGUUUAUACGCCAUCCACCACCAAACACUUCUCCCCCAUCAAACAGUCCACCACACUCACCAAUAAACACCGUGGCAAUGAGGUUUCUUCCACACCUCUUUUGGUGCAUUCUUUGUCCAUUCAUCAGCUUGCAGCCCAAGGUGAAAUGGUGUUUCUGGCCAGCAGGAUUGAACAAGAGACGGUCAUCAACCUCCAAGAUGAAGAAGGCUUUACCCCCCUGAUGUGGGCAGCUGCACAUGGACAAAUCGCUGUGGUCGAGUUUCUGCUCCAAAAUGGUGCCGACCCCAACCUCCUGGCCAAAGGGAGGGAAAGUGCUCUGUCCUUGGCCUGCAGCAAGGGAUACACUGAUAUUGUGAAGAUGCUCAUUGACUGUGGUGUUGAUGUCAAUGAAUAUGACUGGAAUGGAGGAGCCCCUUUGCUGUACGCUGUCCAUGGCAACCAUGUGCGCUGUGUUGAAAUCUUGUUAGAGAGUGGUGCUGAUCCUACCAUUGAGUCCGAUUCCGGAUUCAAUGCAAUGGACAUGGCUGUGGCUAUGGGCCACCGGAAUGUUCAACAGGUGAUGGAGGCGCACCUACUGAAGUUACUGAUGGGAAUCAGAGAAUGAACUGCGACGCCUGAGGAAAACAAAAACCCUGAAGGGGCGACGCUCGGCUCUGGACAAUCAUGUAGCACGCCCACGCUGUCGGCCAACGGGACUAUUUUGUUCCACUAAGUGAUAUUUUAACAGCGUUAACAACCUAACCUUAUUUAGUUGCCAUAAUGCACAUGAAGCUUUGCACUGUGUGACUUUUCAAUUUUAACUCCUUCAAACUGUCUUACUCUUUACACUUUUCACAUGGAAUGCUGCAGUAGCAUAUCUGAUCUGGACACAAUGGCAGAUUUUUUCUAUACGAACAUAAAAAGUUGAAGUUUCUCACUUCAACCCAGCAUGCACUGCACUCCACCUGUAGUAUGCUGCUAAACGUGGAGAGCACUUUACCUAAAAACAUGUAGGUUUUGAAUCUUUUCAUGUCUUAUAUUACAUUACAUGCAAUCAUUGGCUGUUCCAACCUAGUCCCGUAGUGGCGUUUUUUUAAACGCAUUAACCGUUAUAAGAAACCGUUUUUAAGAGUGAAAGAAUAUUAAUGUAAUCUGUUGAAUUGCCUCAUGCUCAUACCGUCUGGUCUUCAUAGUGAGCCCAAUAUCUACGUUCUCGCAGACUGGAAUGCACACGGUACCGGCUGUUUGCGGAUCCUGAAGAUCUUUGUGUUGGUUAUACCGAGUUUAUUUAUUUUUUGCGUUGUAAUGCGAUAGUAUUCUCAUAUUGAUGUAUGUGUAUUGUGAUACCAAUGUCCACUGAUGUGUAGUGAAUUUUAAAAAGACCUCAUUUGAA